GCCCCCCCAGCCCGGAUGCCGGCGCCCGGCCUGGGCCCCCGCGGGCUGCCGCUGACCAUGCUCGGGCUCCGGGGGGCGCUGCGCGAGCCGGCCGGCUGCGGCUCCUGCCUCGGGGCGGCGCUGGCCCUGUUGCUGCUGCUGCUGCCCGCCGGCUGCCCAGUGCGGGCCCAGAACGACACGGAGCCCAUCGUGCUGGAGGGCAAGUGCCUGGUGGUGUGCGACUCCAGCCCGUCGGCGGACGGCGCCGUCACGUCCUCGCUGGGCAUCUCCGUGCGCUCCGGCAGCGCCAAGGUGGCCUUCUCCGCCACUCGCAGCACCAACCACGAGCCGUCGGAGAUGAGCAACCGCACUAUGACCAUCUACUUCGACCAGGUCUUAGUCAAUAUCGGCAACCACUUCGAUCUGGCUUCCAGUAUAUUUGUAGCACCGAGAAAAGGGAUUUAUAGCUUCAGCUUCCACGUGGUCAAAGUGUACAACAGGCAGACCAUCCAGGUCAGCUUGAUGCAGAACGGCUACCCCGUGAUCUCGGCGUUCGCAGGGGACCAGGACGUGACCAGAGAAGCAGCCAGCAACGGGGUUCUGCUUCUGAUGGAGAGGGAAGAUAAGGUGCACCUCAAACUGGAGCGGGGCAACCUCAUGGGGGGCUGGAAGUACUCCACCUUCUCCGGCUUCUUGGUGUUCCCCCUAUAA